ACAUCGAUGCAAUAUUGUAAUUUCUUUUCCAGGGUUCAAAGGUGCAGAAAUGUGGAACCCAAACACUCCUGUGAGUGAGGACUGUCUGUACCUAAACGUCUGGUCCCCACGUUUUAACAAAACCCAGCCUAUGCCCCCACCUCUUGCUCCUGUCCUUGUCUGGAUCUACGGAGGCGGGUUCACUCAAGGAACGUCCUCUCUAGACAUUUAUGAUGGUCACUUCUUGAGUAAAUCUGAAAGUGUUGUUGUAGUAUCAAUGAAUUACAGACUUGGAGCUUUUGGUUUCCUAUCUAUUCCUGACAGCAAGAACAUCCAGAACAAUGUAGGCCUGCUGGACCAGCGCUUGGCCCUCCAAUGGGUAGUCAACAAUAUAGCUGCAUUUGGAGGUGAUUCUGCAAAGGUGACUCUGUUUGGGGAGAGCGCUGGUUCAGCAUCUGUAGGCUUCCACCUGCUCUCCCCAGGCAGCCACGGUCUUUUUCAAAGGGCUGUGAUGCAGAGUGGCUCUCCUAAUGCACCCUGGGCCAUUAUCAGCCAGACUGAAACCUGGCGCAGGUCCAUGAAGCUGGUGACGUUACUGGGGUGUCCAGCGUCUCCUCCAGCUGAUAUGGAAGCUUGUCUGCAGCUGGCUGAUCCUCUGAAAAUCUCAAUGAAGCAAUUCGACGUUUUAAUACAUCCUACAAUCUUAGCGACACCCUUUGUCCCUCAUGUUGAUGGGGACUUCAUACCAGAUAAAGUCGAAGUGUUGCUUAGCACCGGUAUCCUCCCAAAGACAGAGGUCCUUGGCCUAAACAAGGAUGAAGGGACCUACUUCUUAGUUUAUGGAAUGCCUGGAUUCAACAUCACUGGUCAGAGCCUUAUCACCAGGAAUGAGUUCCUGAAAGGAGUGGCGAUUUCAAUGGCACGUGCAAGUGAUGUCACAAGAGAUGCAGCCAUUUUCGAGUACACUGACUGGACAGAUGAGAAUAACAGGAUGAAAAAUCGUGACUCGCUGGGAAGUCUGGUUGGAGACCAACAGUUUGUUUGUCCUGUGCUAGAGUUUGCUAAGAGGUACUCACAACGUGGUGGUAAGGCUUUCCUUUAUUUAUUUGACCACCGCUCUUCCGUCAAUCCUUGGCCAGAAUGGAUGGGCGUUAUGCACGGCUAUGAGAUAGAAUUUGUCUUUGGAAUGCCUCUGAAUGUAUCCCUGGGAUACACGAAGAAUGAGGUGAACAUGACCAAGAAGUUUAUGAAACACUGGGCCAACUUUGCCCGUACAGGUAAUCCAGGCAUUGAUGGAGCUAACUGGCCAGCGUUCACCCCUGAGCAACAAGCGUAUGUCACUCUGAACUAUAACCACCCAGAACAAAAAAAGAUGAUGAAAGCUAACAAGUGUCACCUCUGGAACAAAUUAAUGCCAAAAGUACAAAAAGUAUCAGAAGAUCUUCUGUCUUGUGUUAAAGCAAAUGGGCUCAUACUCCAAUGUAAUUACACCUUCCUGAUCAUUCUAUUAGUUAUGACUUUAAUAUAUUGAUAGAGUGAUGAGACCUAUGUUCAAUACAGCCAUAUACAACAGUUUACAUAACAUAUAGUGGUUUGGUCUUUACUGUUAUUUAAAACAUGUUGAGAUUGGCCUACUGAAUUGUAUAAAAUGGGAAUGGUCCUAAUGAGGGAAGCAGUACCUUUUCUUUGCAGUUACUG